GAGUUGAAAUCCACAAGUUCUUAAAGUUGCCAAGGUUGGAGAGCCCGAUUUGGAUGAUUUAUUGAUUGAUUAUGUGCCAUCAAGUCAGCGUAUAAUUCUCUGAGGUGCAAAUGACAAGGGUCAAGUUACCCUACUUCAGACACAUGUAAAUACCCAGAACUUUGGGAAAAAGCUCUAAUGUUGGGAAAGGUGGAAAAAAGAAGAGAGUGGACCAGCAUUACGGUGGCAAUGAGGCACCCAUUGGGAAACUUCAACGAACCAGUGAGGGAUCAUGGAGAAAAUUAUGUGGUCACUAGGAGUCAAAAAUGAUUUGGUGGCACAUAAUCAUUUGUGCCUCGAGUGAAAAGUCUGGUUUGAUUUGUUCGAUGAUCCAUUGAUUUGUUUACUUGGCUGCCCAUAGAAUGUUGUCCAACACAAAUGGCUCAAAAGCUUCAAUACUCUUCUUAUAUUGCUUCUUCAACUUUCAAAAUCAGAAACUGGAGGAGCUUAUUUAACCAGCAGCUACAAAGGGCUAUACAAACCUAAGCUUAGAGUUAGCUUGAUCUUUUUUUCUUUCUGACCUAUUUUUUUUCUACAUCUAAAACCCUUCAUAGUGGGUUUUAAUGAACCCUUACUUCCAGUUGUUCUCCACAUUACCUUCAUACGCUUCCCAUUCCUGAUUUAACUUGUGACUCAUCAGUGCUAUGAUUCAGGCUAUGAAGAUUAACCAAAACACUGUCCUGCAGGGGAAGAGGGUAGCCCUAGUACCAUACACGUCUGCUCAUGUACCCAGAUACCAUGAGUGGAUGAAGUCGGAAGAACUACAGCAUCUGACUGCAUCUGAACCACUAAGCCUUGAACAGGAAUAUGAGAUGCAGUGCAGCUGGCGGGAAGAUGCAGAUAAAUGCACAUUUAUAAUACUUGAUGCUGAAAAGUGGUCUAGCCAGAAAGCCACAGAAGAAGACUGUAUGGUGGGAGAUGUGAACUUGUUCCUUACCAAUUCUGAAGAUCCAACAGUGGGGGAGAUAGAAAUCAUGAUUGCAGAGCCCAGCUACCGUGGCAGAGGGUUUGGCAAGGAGGCCACUCUCAUCAUGAUGUUUUAUGGAAUUACGCAUCUUGGAGUCACCACUUUUGAGGCAAAAAUUAAAUUGGAAAAUGAAACCAGUAUUGGCAUGUUCAAAAAAAUUCAUUUUAAAGAGGUGGGAAUAAAUAGUACCUUCCAAGAGGUGACACUGAAACUGAUUAUGGACGAACAGGAGAAACAGUGGCUUCUUGAGCAAACUAACGGAGUGAUUGAAACAAAAUACAGUGCCAUGAAACUAAAUCACAAUUGCGACAGCUGAGAAGCUGUGCUCAAUUUGUCUCAAAUUUAGAAAGAUUGCUUUUUAUUGUCCAAAAUUGGAAAUUGUGUCCUGAAUCCAUGGCACUAGUUCUUGCUGAAGAAGAAAAUGAAGUAUGACCUCUGCCUUGUUAUUGCCUUAGGUAGUUUUUGCUAAGGAUAUAAACAUCUAGGAUAGUUACAAUAAACUGCCUCAUUUUAGUGAGAAAAAAGAAUUUUCAGCUGAAACUCAGCUUGAACUGAAUUUGAUCAACAGCUGCUGUCAAAAUGAUGUCCUGGACUUGUUUACUGUAUAAUUCAGUGCAAAAAGCAAGGUAUGACUGAGCUGCAUUUUGAGGCAAAGAACUCAAGGAUGAUGUUACAAAUAGGUUGAGAGUGCUCUCACUAUACCAUUUAUGAUUAAUCAUCUGUGAGGAUUGGGAGUUGGAAGCAUCAUGUUGUGUGGUCUAUAUGAGUCCAAGCAGUGGUGGCAACUGAGAUAAGUGGGUCUGAACACUGCUUUGGAGUGUCCCAGGGUUCAACCUUUUAGAGAAAUGCCAGCCUUGACUGACAAAGGCUUCAGACAGAACAGAUAUGCAAUCUGGGGAGUCCUCAUGGACUCACAACUGCUGAAAGAGCAUGGUGGAAGCCAAAACCAAAGCAGCCUUUGCCUGGUUUCUGAUGGCGUGUCAAUUGCAGCCUUAAGUGGAACACUGAAGACAAUCGCCUUUGACAUCUCUUUCCCAGGCUACUGUUAGUCUGCUGACCCUGGGGCUGCCUUUGAAGACCACUAUGCAGAUCCAAAAUGCAGAGACUUACAGUCUUAUGUCAUGACAGCAUUGCUGUGGUAUCUGUUCUAUCAUUGUGUUUCUGAGUGCAAUUCAAGAUGCCAACUGCUACCUUUACAAUUUCAUGUGGUCUGGUAUCUUUCCCAGACUGAUUCUAACUGCCCAAUUUGGAUAACAGAGAGCCCCUGCGAAGGGGUUCCCUCAACUGUGAGAUGUGAUAGGAGAAAAUCUGUCAACAGUUUUGUCUUUGGGAGCUCCCUUCUUAAGGAACAGCCUACCUCAAGGUUACUUCAGAAAAUUUUUAAAAACUCAAUGAUUCCAGUAGUCCUUUUGAGAAAUUUUUGUGGAGUUUCCAACACCAAAAUUGAUUUUAUUGUUCUAUUAUUUAUUAUUUAACAUUACUUUGCUAGUAUAUUUAUGUAACAGCUAGAAUCUUUCAGGAUUAAGGCAGUAGAUAAAGCUCAUACUAAUAAAGAAAUGCAGCAAUAAAGGGGGUUUGGGUGUUAAUGGGAUACCAUGAUAUGCUUAUUGUUUUGUUUAGAUUGGUUGGUUCCUCAUCAGUUACGUAUAUUGCUAUGUAUUAUAUUCUGUUCUGUUUUUGCAUUGUUUUUAUCUGCUGUAAGUCACAGCAAAUCACUAAUGUGAAUCGGGCAACCGUACAAAUCCAA